GAAGUAGGAGGGGGAUUUCCAUCUAAUGUUGCCCCCGCUACCCCAGCUAACCUUGUUUUGCUUUCGUUCUGGACCAGAAACACAAUCGAACAACGCUCUCACUUUCCCUUUUUUUGCCAAAGCACCUAUGUCCUUUGAAAAAAAUCCCCACGCCACGCCAGUGUUGCAUGUUAUUCUGAAACAAGCACCCCGAACUCGACAGAUACCACAAUGCCUGUAGAUAGAAUGAGGAUGCGGCCGUGGCUGGAGGAACAGAUCAACUCCUGCCAGAUACCAGGCCUCAAAUGGGUGAACGAAGAAAAAAGGAUCUUCCAGAUCCCUUGGAUGCACGCUGCUCGUCACGGCUGGGACUUGGAGAAAGAUGCUCCUCUCUUCAUGCGCUGGGCCAUACAUACUGGUAAAUACCAGCCAGGAAAAGACAAACCAGACCCAAAGACCUGGAAGGCAAAUUUCCGCUGUGCGAUGAACAGCCUGCCUGAUAUCGAGGAGGUGAAGGAUAAAAGCAACAAAAAGGGAACAAAUGCCUUCAGAGUCUACAAGAUGCUGUCAUCUUCAGAGAGAAGUCUAAGGAAAGGAAAGAAGAGGACCAACAAAGAGAGUAGGCCCAAAGGAAAUAAAGAGGUCAUCCAUCACUAUGACGCUGACACAGUAUCGUCUCCAUCUUUUGAUAGGACACCUCUUCUCUUUCAUGCUGUACAAGUUGUUGACUUCAAACAGGAAUCGCAGGAUGCGGAAGAGCCACCCAUUACAACCAAAGAUAUUCCUGAUGAAGAUCACGUGAUUUCAAGCGAGCUCUUACCAUUUGUCUGUCAGACAAUUGAAGUGAAAACAGAGAAUGAAGAGGAGACUGUGAGCUCCUCCCACUUGUACCCUUUUCAAAUUUCUCCAGUGUCUUCUUACGACGGUAGCGAUACAGAAAGCGACAUUGAGGACACCCAACAGAGUGUCAAUCCAGCCUGGAGGCGGGAUCACAGCAGGUCAGUUCUUAAGGUCUCCCCCUCCUCCCUCCCUGGCAUGGCCACCUUCGUUAGAGGAAGCAAACCCCGGUGCAGAAUAACCACCACGCGAGACCCCAACCCCCUCAUCAGCUAUCACAGCGACGGCUGGCCAACGCCCUACAGCCAGAACUCUCUUACAUCUUCCAUACCCAGCCACACUCACGAGAUGCGGGCCAGCGUCAUUAGGAAAACCUCAGAUGUCACCUCCUCCUAACAUCACCGCGACAAGUCCCUCGUUUUAUUUAAGUCAGACGUGACCGUGCAGGGAUUGGGCCACCACUUGACUUGUCCAUUUAUCGUCGAGCAUAUUGACUCAAUUUUGAUUCACCGCUGGUAUUUGUCUUCUGCCACGCUCUGCAAAUGCGCUGCCGACAAUUCAAGGCAGUACUCGGGCAUUUUUGGUUUACGUGUGUAGUUGCUUGGAAGCGUGUCUUUAACGUAGAAGGUGGCUGAAGUCGGGUGCAUUCAUUAUAAAUAAUUGCCCGUGUAUUCAUUAUUGCGAAACAUUAUGAAUGCCAUUCUUUAUUGCAGAAUUUCCCACACUUUGAGCCAAAUUAGAAAAAUAUUUCUCAAACUCAGUGAAUCUGCAACCUGUUUUAGGUCCCAACCCUAAAUUUGGGAUAGGCUAUUGGACUAUGAUGUAUCAGAACGACAGUAACAUACUAUGCACUUACCGAAUCAUGACUUGUCCAAUUUAAAUUCAGUGUGACUCAAGCCUUUGCAUCAUAAACAUUGUUAAGAGUUUAGAAGAACAGACUCUAGAGAAGAGUGAUUUAAAACAGUCGUUGGGUGACUGUAAGCAGCACCACAACAAACGUGUUUGACCGGCUUGUAUUCAUUCCUCCAGUUCAUACUUGCCAUAAGAUGUGCCUGAGUCUAGAUUGAUACCAUUUCGUGAAAUGUGUUUAGUGUCAAAAAUAUACUUCAGUGAUUUAUUAAGUGUUCUUGCACCAUUAAUAUCCUUUCAGUACAGCAUUUGCGCCAUGGUAACCCCUCGAAGAAAUCAUGUCCUAAGAAUUACCAAGCAAACUGACUCUGAAUUUGCUCUUUAGUAAUUGUACCAAUUACUAUAUUGUACACGUAAAACUAACUGGUGUAAACUCAAUUUAAAAUAUAUCUAUGCAAAGCACUGUGCUCUUAUUAAAACUGAAAGUACAUUAAGAAGUCGUUUAAUGGCCACUAUGAGCAGGAGCAAACAUUACUGCAUGCAGAAGCUGUUAUGUGAACACCUAACUGUUGUUUUAAGAUAUACUUGAAACAUUGUGAAGCCUGUUUUAAUUUUUACUUCUUGUGAAGGAAAUUUAUUAGUUUUAUUAAUUAAUAAAAAAACAAAAACUCAUUUUGUUUAAAAGUACAUCAAAAUAUUGUGUGAAUGAUGAGAGAUGCUGUUUGUAGAAAGCGUAAAAUACCAAUAUAAUUAUUUCAGGGAAUAUAAUGAGAUUUAAUUUGUCACAGCUUUUUAUCUUGCUAGCCAGAGUCCAUGCUUUAAGACUGGGGAAAUUUUCUUCUUUAAUUGCUUCAAUGUAUGCAUCGGACUGUCUCGGGAAAUUUUCCCCAUAACGCACAAACAGAUGAACCGACAGACUCACUGACACUCUUCUUGCUGACAAAUCUCACAUGUGCUCGCAAGCCGCUUCAGCACUUUAUAUUCUGUUUCUGUGUGUUGUCAUUAUGUGCCUUCAACACUGUGUGUGGCCUCAAGCCUUGUGUGCUUUAGCCUCCAAUGAAUGACACGUGCGGGUUAGAGCAUGGCAGGAAUAAAAAAAAAACCAUUGUAAAUAGUCCUCACCUAGUUGCUCAGGUCACAAUGGAAGAAAUCCUCAAAUGGAGGAUCCUCAGGGCUUCAAUGUAACCAUGCACCGUAAUCAGUGAAGGUUUGUGUAGACUUGAAAGUCAGUGAUGCUUUCUUGAAGAUGGAACCAGAAGUAUUUCGAGCGUUUUUAAUUAGACGUAAAAAUUGAGAGCAUCCGUGCCCGCGCCCAUGCUAUGCCUCCACCAUAUUCUGUGUUCUUUUCCAUGCAGUUGCCGUCAGUCUGACCGUUGCAAAGAAUCUUAGUGGCAAACUAGUUUGCAGCUUGUUGUCAACACACAGUAUUUACGUUCAUGAAAACAUCUCUUUAUUUUAUACUUCUCCAGAAUAAUCAUAACUGUGUUGAUUUCUUCUUAAAAGAAAGAAUCCUGCGAACAUCCAUUUGUUGUCCAGCUAUCUGUUUUAUGGAACUUGCCCUCAUUAGGGGGGUGACAUGGAACCUACACUGUAAAUAAUAAUAAUAAUAAUUUGGGUAAAAAAAAAUUACAUUUUUAACUUGGGUACAUCGUAUUGGACUCACAACUAUACCAAAUGGUAAAAAACAUCAAUUCGGAAUCUUCUAUUCUUUGAACCAAGCCCCAAAACCAAUUAAUCCUGAAUGGAAGCACAGACCGUGUAAGCAACAUGAUUCUUUUAUGCAAGUCUUUUGUUGUUGGUUUUAGUUCAAUUUUAAGUUUCUAAAUCUUGUUUCCACUGCUUUUGUCAGCAUUUUCCCCCAUCCUUUUCUGGUAUUUCUCUUCGCUGGUUUACCCACCACUGGCACAUGUGACGAAUAUUGAAAGGACCAAAUUGGACUAUUGAUAUUUAUUGAACGAACCAAUUGUACAACCAUUCAGUAAAUGUGAAAAAGGGCUAGUGUGUCCAUCCAUAUAUUAGGUACACCCAGGUUAAAUGAAUGCCGUAUAAUUCAAGAGCCUUUAACAUCUUUUAAAUGUCCUGCCUUGGCGGAAUUAAAAGUAUUCAUUUAUGUAUUUUUUAGUUUGUGUUCAUAAAGGGGUGUGUGUUGUUAGGACUGUCACACACACUGUGAAUUCAAUUGCCUUUGUUUUAUUGGGAUGACAUUGGCAACAGAGUUCAUCAGUUGACCUUUAGUCACAAUGCAAUACGCACAACAGUGAGCUUGGAUUGUCUGCUGUAAAAACAAUUAUAAAGAAGUUGUGUAUCAUACAAUGUCACAAAUAAAUAGUAUAUUGGAUAUAAGUGAUGGAUGUGUUUCACCCAUAAAGAACAAUUUUUAGUGUGAACAACUGGGCUGUGUGCUGAGUUUUUACCCUGCUGGUGAUAUCGUGAAGUGCUGUGUAAAUCUGAAUAAAGACUCUUUUGUAUUUUUUA